AUGUUGGAGUUGGCACUUGUACCGUGCAGUCACGACCUCUUCUGGCUCCGGAAGUCAUCCGUGGCUGGCAUUUUACUCCAAAAAUGCACAACUUUGAAGACUCACCAUUCACCCAGAAGGACUUGCGGAAUCGAUCAAAGUAUGUGGCGUCAUGUGCUUCGCAAUUGCUUUUGUCUUUUAUCCCUUUCCGGUAAGGAUUGUGUGAUUUUUGCCGCCCUCGUGCGAGUGUUGAUACGAUGGCUAGGGGUUUAUUCUCAGAGUUGUGUUGCGGAGUAUGAGAACCUUCUCAUUAUCAAGGUGAGCAGGGAGAGAUUUGUGGAUGUAAAGUUGCUCAUUUUUGGUGUAGAAUGCCAAACUGCCGGUUCGGUGCUGUACGGUGCAGUAUUUGUUGCUACAGUGCUGUGCAGUAAGUUACUUGCUGCGUCGACAUCGUGCGUGGGGGCGCCGAGUCAACUUUGCCCAUGGCGGGGCUGCAGGGUUCGUAUGG